UUUUCAAAGGAGGUAUUAGUAUUUCCUCUAAACAGCCUACAACAAUAAGCUACACAUCAUGUCAGAUGACAGCAAGGUAUGGUUCAUUUAGCCUAUUUUGAGUUUAGAGGAGAAAUUACUAACAAUAUAGUAGGUCACUACCAAAGCAAUAGGUCUCACUGGUUUGAUCCAUGGACUGAAAUCUGACCACUAUUGCCGUUUUGUUUAAAAUAGGAGCGAAUAAGUUGUUUCACAAAGUCACAACCUAGGACUGAUAUUGACCUCUCAUUUAUCCACCAGAGCGUGAAAUGGGAGGAUCCCCCGGAUGACCAAAAUAAGGUUGUGGAGAAUAUGAAGGAUGAAACAGAGACACAUGAGACCAACAAGAACAGGACAGGAGGCAAGGUAAGACAUAUGCUGUCCUUUACACAUGUUCUGCCUACUUAGACAUCACUAAAUCCUAGCCUUAAAGCAUUAGGAGGAGACGCUACACUGACCUUAGAUCUGCUAUGAGACCUAUAAUCUGUUGUCAUGUAGGCUAAACGUAAGUCCAGUGGCCGUGCCAAGAAGACUUCCGCGGAGGAGGACAGCAGCAUUGGUGCAGGUCCGAGAUUACUUCAUGUUGGGUGCAGGUUGUGUUCAAAUUCAUCAGCACUGAUCUGAGAAGAUAGUAUCUAUAUAGGUGAAAGCAAUAUAGUGGAGGCCCGCAGAGAAAUGUGCUUUUACCUGUCCAGUGGAAUCAAAUCACUAAAGGUGAAGGAAAUUAGGGAUCAAGUUCAGAUUCAACUUUAGAUUUCUCUUUGCGGUUUCCCAGAGUCUUCUCAGACACCCGGGUGUGGUUUCCGGGAAAGGGGAUCUAUCAUUGAGCAGCUGGAGAAGGAGGCUCAGAGGACUCUUAUGCCUUCUCUCAAGAUUGAGACAUGCUGUGCCCCAAUCCUCCUCUCCUUCCUGAGGAGUCUAACUGAUGACCAAUGGAGAGUGAUUCAGCAUGGCAUGAAAAAUAACCUCACAUUCGAGCAGCUCUCCAUGCUGUGUCUGAAGAUUGUUAAAGUCGUGACCCAGACAGCCCUCCGCAUUCUCCUACCAGCGCUAGCUCGUAUCAUGGGGGUGAACCUGAGGAGUGGGGCAACCUCCCCAGAAUCCCAGUGCUCUCUGACAGGGUCUGAGGAUUCCUUAGGCAGUCUGGAUGAGAGAGAGAAAAGGCUGCUGACCAGUGAGAUGAACUACUGGACUAAGGAGAGGAGGAGGAAUGGCAGUGCAGGGUGCCGCCAUAAAUCCACUCGCAGAACCUCAUCACCAUGCUGUUCGCCUAAGAGGUCCCAGACCUCAUUGCAGAGCUUGCCUGCAACUAGAGAGGCUCCCCUCAUGGAGGAGCCUCUAAAGGCUCUUUUUGGGGUAACGGAAGAGAGCCUCCUGAUAUCCCUGGUUGAGGGUCACUCCAACCCCACCUCCUCCAGCUCCUCCGAUUUGAGCUGUGCUAUCGUGAGAGAGGUAGUACACCAGCUUAACUCUGGCCUCUCAGUGGCCAUUCAGGCCAGCUCGGGGAAUUGCCCCCCUAUGGACAGUCAGGACAUAGCAGCAGGCAAGGAAGUCAUUCGGGUAGUCUCGGUGCAGAUCCUGGCCGAGCUACAGAGCCAAACGUCUGAGCCAGAGUGGGUAGGGUUUAUCGAGCCCCUCAUGGACCCUGUGACCGAUGAUGUGCUGGAUGCCAUUGUCGGCACAAUGGACAAAAUGGCACAGGACUUCAACAUCCUAUUGGAUCUGGCCAAGAAGAUGACAAUCUUGGGGUCUAAAUUUCUGACCAAUCUUCAAUGUGACCUUGAUGUUGAGUGUCCAUCUGGGAAAGAAGGGACCACUCACUUUCUCAAAGAGACUGGAUCCUCUACCAGUGUGGUGGCCAGAAAGAUUCAGACCCUCUCUAGCCCCGACUUUCAGUCUAAAGCCCUGAAGGCGGUGAGCACCAUCCUUACAAGGAAAGUCAGCAGCUCUUCUGGCAUGGCUCCUUCCUCUAGGCCUUCUAGUGCUGCUCCUAGCCUUACUGAAGCUCCCCUGAAUACCAGCUGCAUAGCCCUGACACCUGUAACCUCCACUGCCACAGUGAUUGUUAAGGCAUUUGUGGGAGGCAUGGAGACGAUAGCAUCAUUUGAAGGCACAUGUGAAGCAGUUGAUUGGCCAGUUCCUGUAAAUGACCACAAAACAGGAUCUUCACAGAUGAUAACCUUCUCUCUAGCCCGCACACUCUACGGCCGUAUACGAGCAAAGCUGAGGGACCUUUUAACUCUAUCCGCUCGAGAAGAAGUUGUGGCUAAGGAUGCUUCUCUUCAGGAGUCUUCAGACACCCUGGAAAAGGCAACUGUUUCAACUGUUGAGGUCCAGUUACCCAGCACCGAACUUAGUAGAGUUCCCAGUGAGAGCCAACCAAUACCAGCUCUCUGUCUCUCCAAUCUGGAUACCAGUACUCAAGAAGUUCUUAGCAGUGUUUUUUCCAUCUACAAGUCAGAGUUAUCAAAAGUGGAGAGUAAAUCCUUGGCCGUUGUCAGUUCAUCUGAUGAGUCCCUAGAGGCUUGUUGGUUUGUUGAUAGUGUCCUAUCAAAGCUCGAUGACUAUACUAUUUCCCAGUCACCCUCACCCAAUGAAGACUUGAGCGUGAGUACUCAAUAUUCUCAACUGAGCUCAGAAGAGAGUGUCAGAAUCACAGAGUCCUCUACUAGUCUGAUUCAGAGCAUUAAGAAGCUCUCUAGCAAUGACUUCCAGACUCAGGCAGAAGAGGCAGUGAGUAAAGUGCUGAUGAGAUCCAGUCAUUCCUUUAUCACACAGAUCAGCCAUACUGGUCUUCAGAAAAGUCUGCAGGCUGGCUUAUCAUCUAGCUCACCAUCAGAGAUCCAUGUCCUUUCAGAAUCCAUGUCCUCCAUGUCCUCUGAGAAUACAGCCUCUGGAUUAGUGGAAACCUUUGUCAAAGGAAUGGCGACUAUUUUCCAGAAAAAUGAGUCCACUGACACUGUGCUACUGGAAAGAAGUGGGAGAGUUUCGCAGUGCUCCCACGGGGGCUCCCAACUGGAUGAUACUGAAUUGAGUGUUAAAAUAUCAGAGGAGAAGCUUUGGUCAACAGCUAAGACCAUCUGCGUCAGUAUGAAGAACACACUUAAGGAUUUCUUCACAGGGCUGAAGCCACCCGGAUCCGAAAGGACAGAAAAUGCUUCUUCCAAAGAGACCCUUGGGGAAAUCCUGGUUGCUAUCCAGAGUGAAAUCUCAAACUUAGGGCGAAUGAAGGAUUCCAGGGAGCUCCUUCAGAUCAAUGAUAUGGUAGGAACCAUGCUGAAGGAGGUUGAGAAAAGUGAGGAUGACAGUGAACACGUCUGCCAAGACAUCCCUAGAACCUGUUCAUCUUUGUCCACUUCUUUAAAUGGUCGUAGUUCCUUGUCCAGCUCUUCAAAGAGUCCUAGGUCAGAGUGUGAGUUAGAGAUCAACCUCCCUGGCACUCCCAUCCCUGACGAAGUGCCUUUUGAUCUGACCUGCCCCAUCGUCAGGAGCUCCUGCAUCGACACCAGGGUCUCUAAAAUGCCAGAGAUUUCUUCAAGUGACCUAAAGACAAAGAUGAUGGCACACACAGAUGAACCCCUGCAUCGUAACAGUCCAAUGACUGACAGCAGUCGACCACCGAGUGCUAAAGCCUCUUUUCGAUCCUCCACUCCGUCUUUCACCAGCAAGGGAACCUCUUUGGUACCAAAGGGAGAUGGGAUUGACAUUGAAGAGAAGGAGGAGUGUAUCCCCAGCAGCUCUGGCCAUCUGAGGGAGCUCUUAAUCAUCCCGGACAUCAGCAGUGCCUCUGCAUUCCCACUGCAGUACUUGAUGGACUCCAGCAAAGAUGAUGUCAUCUGUUUGGUCGCCAUACUGGUGAUAAGGUUGCUAUCGGAGAUCAGACCCUCAACCCUAGAUGGACCCUCCCAACAGGCAGCAGACGUGACAGCAACAUCUCAGCAACUCAUCAGACAAGUCCUGUCUGAGUUCUGUGCUGCAUCUAGAUUCUCCAGGACACAGGCAUAUUCCCAGAACCUGAACAUCCAAAGGGUGUUCAGAGGUGUACAUAAAAACCUCAUGGAGGAGUUUGGCUCUUAUAACACCCUGCAAGCAGCUAUUUCCUCCCAGGACCCUGCAUUUGACAGAGUCCUGGUAAAGUCCUUGACCCAGCAGCUGGUACAGGGAUGCAAGGAGGCGUCAAGACCAGCUUCUGCUGCAACAAACCCAUCAGACCAGGCUGAGACAGAGAGGGGGGCUGAGCAGAAAGCAAGAAGGAGCUUCCUUUGCUUUUCAAUGACCAAACUCAGGAUCAACUUCAAGCGUUCCAAGAGAGGAAACAAAAAGGACUGCCAUUCAGUCCAGGAACAGACUGAGAUUCCCUCUACUGAUGGACAUUGCAUAGCUCCAGUUGGAGAGGUUUCUCCCUCCAUAUCUCAGCCUGUCAAAAAACGAUCCUUGAUUGUCAGGGUCUUUUCAGCAAUGAUGAAGCCAUUCAGGCGCUUCAACAAGAAGAACCUGUAACCUGUUACGCUGCAUGAGGAACUACUUUUGUAACAGCAAGACUUUUGACAAGAGGAAUUUCUGCAUGUCUACCCUUUCAAAGUAUAUUUGAUCAAAUAAAUGGCAAUGAUUUUACAAGAAUUUCAAGUGUUUUGGAAGAUUAGUAAAACUGAAGCAGCUUUUCUCAGAGAAAUGCACUAGUUCCCCCUUGGUUAUACAUUUAUUGUGCAGUUUUUGAGUUGGCAGGACUUGGGGCAGCAGGU